AUGAUCGAAAUGAACGAGUUCUCCCGUUUGCUUCUUCGGGAAGCUCGCAAGGAAUAUCAGCUUAUUCUUGGGCGCUGUAAUGACUUCGGUUUCGAGUACGUCAUUCAACGUCCACCCCAGGCAAGGAUCUGCUUCGGUUCCAGCAUCGCGCGGGAAGCGGUACCCCUGCGUGGACCAGCCAUGGAUACCUUGAUGCGCCGACGGCAGCCGGAACUUUUGGGUGAAAAUCUUGCGCCGGGUUGUCACAACAUCGCAUACGAUUCGGGAACACCGGACGCACAUCCUGCCUUACGCAAACGGAUCAGCCGUAAAGGCUAUGGACCGCUGGCCGCUACCAGUGUGCGGUUUAACUUCGAAGAGGUGAGCAACAGCCCGGGUGUGGGCGAUUACGAGCUGGUGGCACGGAAGCAAUCGAAACCGAAACAAUCGGCCAAACCGUUUGGCAGUGGAACGGACGAACGUGCGAAGGAUCAUUCGCUUGCGUAUCCUGGCGUUGGUACAUAUCUCUUCAAAACUCGCAAGGAUAUUCGGAAUCAUUCGUUUGGGGGUACCAUCAAAAUUAUGCCGGCCGCCCGAACGAUCUGCAAGACGGAUAAUUUCGACCGUUGCCAACGGUGUGACGAACGUCCGGAGGUGGACUACUGGAAGAAUCUUCGAACGGAGCGCUGUCUGUGUCGGCGUUGUAUGGUGAAAGAACUCGACGAAGCCCGGUGCCAUUCGAAGAGCAAUUCCGAACAGACGAAACGCAUGGAAACGUUGACGGAAUAUAAGCGUGUGCGACACUGUGCAUAUUACCAUCGGCAUGAUAAGACCAGUGCCGCGAUACAAUUCAUUAGUAACAAGCAGUUGAAGCGAAAGUUUCGUCUGGAAAAUUAUCUAUCAAUGUUUGAAUAG